AUGAUUGUUGAUCAGGGCCUUCCUCACAAGUUCUGGGCUGAGGCAGUGUAUACAUCAGCGUAUCUGCAAAACCGUCUACCCAGUAAAGCUGUUGAAGAUGAUAUCACACCGAUUGAGAAGUGGAGUGAUCAGAAACCAACAGUUGAUCACUUGAAGAUCUUUGGAAGUCUGUGUUUCGUUCAUGUGCCUAAAGAGAAGAGAAGCAAGCUAGAUGAGAAGGCAAGACGUGGGAUCUUCAUUGGUUAUAGCAGCCAAACAAAAGGAUACAGAGUGCUCAUUCUAGAGAAUGAAAUGGUGGAGAUAUCUAGAGAUGUAGCAUUCGAAGAAGGAAAGCAGUCGGACUGGAAAAGACAGAGAGAAGUACAGAAGGUGUUUACUCUUCCCUUGAAUGUCCUACAAGAUCGAGAUGUUGAAGAAAAUCAACAUCAAAACAACCACAGCCCUGUUUUGACUCAACCUGUUGAUCAACAUCACGAUGAAGAAGAAGAUGCUCAGACGUCAUCUACACCACCAAAGAAGUACAAGUCCAUGACUGAAAUUAUGUAA